AAUUUUUGGUGGGAUUAGCAAAAUCUUGGGUGCAUUACCACCCGGCCUCAAUGCCCUCGUGCCUUGUUCCUUAAACCCUCUCGAAGGCUAUCCAUGGCUGCCCAGAUGGAAAGCUCAAAACUUGGCGCGCCACUCUGAAGAGAUGAUGAGUAUACAGAAACAGUGGCGGUGGUAAAUCCUGCAGAAAACGCUUUUCGCCGUUUCGUUUCGAUUACAUCAGUUCAGAGAGUAUCAGGAAUCAAGUUUAUUGCUGUUGUGGGUAUGUAAGAAGAUUUGAGUUUCGAAUUUUCGGAUAAAGCUUACCAUUCUUCCUUCUGAUUCUUUUACUGCAUUGCGAUUUCCAAACAUUCCUCAGCUAAUAACUUGAAUUUAAUCAAUGCCCAUUUCUCCAUAUUGGUCCUUCUGCAAAUACAAUUUGUUAGUUUUUGCCUGGAGUUCAUAAAUUCCAAUAUUGUAGCACUACUGACAUGCAAUCUAGAUUUGGUUCUUUGGUUAAGCAACUUAAGCCCCGACUUUUAUUGCCACCCUCUCAAAAUUUCGUCACUUUUCCGAAAGUUCUGUACCCAACAAGUGGUUUACUUUUCCCACCCACCACCUAUUCGACGGUUUGCCAAGCCAAGGAAGAAAGUGUUGAAGUAGAUAUCAGAGACCAACCCAAGAAUUCUGCAGAAGUUCUGAGGAGCUGGGGUUGUAGUGAUAUAGACAUAUCCAAGAUGUUCAUGCGGCGGCCUGCUUUGCGGAGUACUGACCUUAACCAGCUUCGGUCCAAACUAAACGUUCUAAGUGGCUUGGGCAUUACUGCACCUCAGCUUGUGAAGAUCAUAAAUUGUCGUCCCCGGUUUCUUAGUUGUCGAUUUAAUCAUUGUAUUGAUGAGCGGCUUGAGUUCUUUAUGAGAUUGUUUGAGUCAAGGGAAGUGCUUGUCAAAGCCAUUGUAAGGAACCCGUCUCUCUUGAUUUAUGACCUUCACAAUAAAAUCAAGCCUGUCAUUAAGCUGUAUGAAGGAAUUGGUCUUAGCAUGGAGGACUUGAUUCAAAUGCUUCUACAACGCGCUACAUUGAUUCCAAGAACUUCAUUUAAUGAUGAAAAGAUGGAAUAUAUUCGAAAAACCAGGCUCUCAACUGAUUCCAGGAUGUAUAAGUACGUUGUCACGAUUAUUGGCGUUUCACGCCUUGAAACUCUCCGUCGGAAGAUAUCUAACUUUGAGAAGUUUGGUUUCUCGGAAGAUGAAAUCUUUGGUCUUUUGGGAAGCUCUCCCCUUGUGUUUACACUGUCAGUUGACAAGGUUCAGAGGAACAUGACUUUCAUUAUAGGAAAAAUGAAGUUCCCCGCUAAAGUGAUUCUUGAGAAUCCAUUUUUGCUGUACUCAAAUCUGGAAGCUGUGUUGAAGCCACGGGUAUUUCUUGCAGGGAAGAUUCACGAACUGGGUCUUGACUUGCAGAUUAAAGGCCCUAGGAUGCUGACAGCAUUGAGGAUGACAGAGAAGAGGUUUCUGAAGGCGUUUAUUAAUUGUCACCCAAAGGAUGUUGCUGAUGAAUUGAUGGAAUUCUAUACAAAUGCAAAGAGUGUGAAGCGAUUGGCAGAAAACUACUCCAAGAAGAACUUCCAUCAAGGAUUUCCUUUCUAAAUUUCUUUUGCUAUCAGGUUUUAAUCUUUGGUCCUGAAAGAUAUCUCGUUAUACUUGCCAUGUUACAUUAUGGAGCAUUUUGCAUAUAGCAGCAUUGUCUUUCUUUCAUUCUGUAUAAUAUUUGGGACUCGAUUUAUUCUUUAUGAUUCAUGGUCUCUCUCUAUC